AUGGAGCUUCGAGUUGGAGGAAAGUUCCGCCUUGGGCGCAAGAUCGGAUCCGGAUCCUUCGGUGACAUUUACAUUGGCACCAACGUGCAGACCAGCGAGGAAGUAGCUAUCAAGCUGGAGUCCAUCAAGUCCAAGCACCCGCAGCUACUUUACGAGUCCAAGCUCUACAAGAUCCUCGCAGGAGGCGUUGGUGUGCCAAAUGUCCACUGGUAUGGAGUAGAGGGUGACUACAACGUCAUGGUCAUUGACCUCCUGGGGCCCUCGCUCGAGGAUCUGUUUAGCUUCUGCAACCGCAAAUUCAGUCUCAAGACUACCCUCAUGCUGGCCGACCAGAUGAUCAACAGGGUGGAGUACAUGCAUGCAAAGAACUUCAUUCACCGGGACAUCAAGCCUGAUAACUUCCUGAUUGGACUGGGAAAGAAGGCCAAUCAGGUGCACAUCAUUGACUUUGGCCUGGCGAAGAAGUACAGGGACCCCAAGACGCAGCAGCACAUCCCGUACAGGGAGAACAAGGCGCUGACUGGGACUGCCCGAUACGCCAGCGUGAACACGCACCUGGGCAUCGAGCAGAGUCGAAGAGAUGACCUGGAAGCUGUGGGUUACGUGCUCAUGUACUUCAAUCGCGGCAGCCUGCCUUGGCAGGGUCUGAAGGCAAACUCCAAAAAAGAGAAGUAUGAGAAGAUCAUGGAGAAGAAGAUGUCCACCCCUAUCGAGGUGUUGUGCAAGCACUUCCCUUGCGAGUUCGCUACAUAUCUGAACUACUGCCGCAGCCUGCGAUUCGAAGAUCGACCAGACUACGCCUACCUUCGUAGACUGUUGAAGGACUUGUUCUUCAGGGAAGGCUACCAGUAUGAUUUCGUUUUCGACUGGACCAUCCUGAACUACCAGUCGAAGGAGGGCGCCAGCAGCCGACGGCGCGAGGACAAGCCCUGCCAGAGUAAGGCAGAAAGUUGCACUGGAACCUACGCUUGCAGGGUCAGGGGGACUUAG